AUGAGCGACAAAGAAGCCCUCGGUCCACCAACAAAAAGCGCACUGCAUAAUGAGGAAUGGCAUCCCAACAUCGUAGUGGGUGUCGACUUCGGCAUGACACACACAGGUGUCGCAUACUCAUACGGACCAGAAUGGCCACCUCCCAAAACCAUCCAGCGAUGGCCGGGGAAGCUACCUGGCGAGCUGGCCAAUAAGGUUCCUACCUGCAUUACUUAUAGCUCUGACUCCAAGUCGGUCAGCCACUGGGGGUUCCAAUGUGACAUCGAUAAUUCCGAAGCAGAAACCAAGGAGUUCUUCAAGCUUCAUCUGGCGCCUCAGUAUGCGCGAGAUGGGGGCCCAAGCCUGACAGAAGCUCAGAAAUGGUUCCAGGACUAUAUUCGAUGCAUCUAUCGGCAUGUGGUGUCCUACUUUGAAACCACGAUCCCACAGUUUGUCAUGCAACGUGUCGAGUUCAUUUUCAGUGUUCCGACUACGUGGAAGGACGUGCGCAUGGUGGAAGAAAUUCGGAGACUGUUAAUGCAGGUCAUUGACGCGCGGAAUCCCAAUCACCGUACUUGCAUCGGCCUCACGGAAGCAGAAGCUGCGGCUGUCUAUGCGGGAAACGAGCACUACGGAAGAGAUGACACGAUCUUAGUUUGCGACUCAGGUGGAGGAACAACAGAUGUAAAUGUCCUCAAGCUGUUAUCAGCACAGGGUGAGCCUACGCAACUGGCUCAGCUCGGGCAUGUCGAAGGACACCCUAUUGGCUCGGUUUUCAUUGACAGAGAAAUACAUCGUCUCAUGUGCAAGCGACUUGAAGUUAUCCAGCAGCACUUGAAAUCAUCACCAAAUACGACGGCGUGGAGAAUGACAUUCGGACGAUUUCAGCGAUACAAAUGUGCUUUUGGCACCGAAGCCACGGUCACGCCUUGGCUCAAGCUGGAUGUGCCGGGAUUAGACCCCAACCUUGACUUCCCAGAAGUGGGGAUAUUAAAUGGACAGAUGCAGAUUGCAUGGGAAGAUAUUCAGAAAAGCUUCGACUCGAAGGUAGAAGGUAUAUUCCAGCUUAUAGACGCACAUAUCCAGCAACUGCAAGCCCAAGGCUCUAACGACGACAUUAAAUACCUGGUGCUGUCCGGCGGACUGGGUAGCUCCCCGUAUGUGAGACAACGCCUCCAGGAGAGAUACAAUAGCUCUAGCAAGGCUACUCAAACUGGAAGGAUGCAAGUGCUCAUGGCUGAUGAACCGCAACUAGUUGUUGUCCACGGCUUAGUUAUGGACCGCAUUCAACAGCUCAAGCGCGGCAUCCUGACAUUCGGCUUCCGAUGCGCACCACGAGUCCAAAUGGACGUUCGCGAUAAACGUCUGUAUGCCCUUGAUCAGAUUGACUGGCUCGUGGUCAAGGGGCGUCCAAUUCCACCUACAGGGGUAACAAAAGAGUUCCAUCUGAGGACCGACGUCGGUUUGGAAGCCGGAAUCCAUAACGUUGAGAUUGUCAUGUCGACCGAGUUACCGGCGAGGCUCCCACGCAGCCUAUGCCAUGAAGGGUGGCAAACAGUUUGCAACCUCGACAUCGCAACCGACAACGUGGAUAAAAAGUUGAAGAAUCGCCAUUGGUACAGCUCUAAGCCUGCUUUCUGGCGAACAUCCUUUGAGGUGAGGGUGGUUGUUGGACCCGCAGAUCUCACGUUCCAGUUGUGGUCUAGGGGAGAAAGAAUCCGGAGCAAGCAUGAGCCAAUUUCGGUGCAUUGGAUGCCGGCGGAGAAAUAG